AUUCAAAGAAAACAAACUCUUUCGUAAGUUUAGAAUUUAUAACACUACAGAAAGACCUUUAGACAAAGUUGAAUUCACAAUUUCUAAAAUAUUCCUAACUGCACCAAGACCUGAUCAGGAUGUGGCGCAUUUUAAAGCCACGUCACAGGAACUUUUACGUUGAGAACGGUGUGGCAUAUACCGAGGAUGUUAAAGAAGUGCGGCGGGUGGAGGUCCUUGCAAACUUGCCAAUCUCAAAGCAGAGCCUUGUGGAGCAUUUCUCAAGAUUCGGAUCUGUACAGGUGGUCCAAUGGGAUGAGGAAAAGCUAAGUGGAUCGGUGCUCUUUGAAGAGGCCACGCAAGCGGCCGAGGCCCUAUAUUGCUUAAAGCACAAGUACAAUGGCUGUGAGUUGUGUUUGAGGGCCGGUGACACUUGGGAUCAACCGCCGGAUAGAGAGGAGCCGGGAAGGCAGAGUGCAGACUGUCUACCCAUCGUCGACGAUGCUUGGGGAUUGGUGCUCGACUAUCUGCCUCUGAAUGCUCGUCUCAACUUUGCCUCCAGUUGCCAACGAUUUCAGACGAUUUACCAACUAGAGUCGCAACAUAUGAGUCGAGUGCUCAAUAUAAAGCAGGUCUGUAUGCUGACGGCAUGGAACAUCAAGGAAAUGAUGCGCCUUUCCGGAGAACACAUUCAUCGUUUGGAAGGUGGCCCGCUGCACCCGUGUUGGCCGCAUUUCAAUCAAUUUGUCCAGCUGCUAGGCUCAAGCUGCCCAAACCUGACUGAGCUUUCAUUCCAUCGCAUUUCACUGAGCCCCUAUCAUAUGCAAAACCUAUUCGAGAGUCCCAAUGGCUUGCACAAAGUUACCAGCCUAGCUCUGCGCCGUUGCGACCUUUCAGAUCGGGAUCUGCUCUACUUGCAACCGCUCACCCAACUGAGGACUCUAGAUCUUCGAGAGAAUAAUGGACUUUGGGGAUCUACUUUAGGCAAUCUGCCAGAUUCCGUGGAGACUUUAAACCUUUCGGGCUGCGAAAACUUGGAGCCCACCCUGCUCUCUAAUCUGGAAGCUCUGCCACUUCUUCGCGAGCUGCGCUGCCCGCAGAUUCGUCUGCGCAAUUUCAACCACGAAUGGAUGGACGAAUUUCAAGUUGAGAACUUGGCCACAGAUGAGCAUGUCUACCGCGAGCUGGUGCAGAGCUGUCCCUUGCUGGAGGUGCUCGAGGUGACAGUGUGUCCGUACAUGGACGAGCCGCAGCUAGGCGGUCUUUCCCAUCUGCGCACUUUGGUCCUUCGCGCCAUUCCAUUGGAACCGCCACCCUACCAGGUGAACAAUUCGCUGCUUCUGGCCCUCGUGGAAAUGGAUUCGCUGCGGCAUCUAGAGUUCCGGGAAGGUGGUCCGGGUUUCGUGGAUGAAGUCGGUCUGAAGAUCAUUUCGCAGCUCAAGGAAAUACGAUCUCUAGUUUUACGCAAUCAGGACUUUGAGGCACAUGAACUCAGGCAACUGCGCAAGCUAAACGCCUUAGAGCUGCUGGACCUGAGCGAUUCGCCGCAUCUCUCCAAUGAGAUCGCCAGCCAAUUGGCCAAGACGCUUAGCCGGCUGCGUCAGUUGAAAGUCAAGCGAUGUCCUCUUAUCUCACGGCGUCUAAUCGAGAUCCUCAAGGACAGGACCAUGCUCCAAGUGGACAUUUAGAGUCCUACAUUGUUUCAUUCUGCUGUUUUAUUGUUCUUUUAUUUUGUAUAUAUUUUAAAUUAUAUAUUUUUGUUAG